UCGCGUAACCCUCCCUCGCCGUCUCCAUGCACGCACUCGCCGCCGCCUCAUCCUCCCAUCCCAUCUGCCUCAUCUCCCCCUUGAAAGACUCAAGGAGUGGCACCGGAUCCCUCCCGCCCCGACAUCAAGAAUGGUACCCGCCACCAUGGCCGUGGGCGUGGCGGCUCCACGACCUGGUACCCGCCGGCCUGGUACACGCGAGCUAUCCCGACAGUAGGAAGCGAGACGGGGCCAGUAGGAAGCGCCAGGCAGCAACGCAGCGUAUCCACUCGUCAUAGGCAAACCAACACCCCCGGCCCGGCCGCGGGCGGCUGCGCUCACACUCCACUCCCCUGACCCUGCGCGCACAAGCAACAGCAGCCCGAUGGUCGCACCGUCCUCCGCCGCCACAGCCUGCUUCGUCUCCCCGCUCCCACCGCCUCGCCGCCCGCGUCAUUUCCUCAGGCACCUCGCGCGCGCCGCCGUCGCCGAGCCCACGCCCGCGCCUGCCUCCGCCUCCUCGCUCGCCCACCCGUCGCCAUGGCCGUGGGCGCAGCGGCUCUGCGACCUGGUCCCCACCGAGGCCGUGGGCCGGCUGCUGUCGUCGGUCGUGGGCUCCCUCAUCGUCGCGCUCGCCUUCGCGUCGCUCAUCCUCGGUGACACCGACGCGGCCUCCGCGUUCGUGGUAUCCACGCCGCGGAAGCUACAGGCGGACGAGCUUGCCACCGUGCGCCUCUUCCAAGAGAACACACCCUCCGUCGUCUACAUCACCAACCUCGCCGUCAGGCAGGACGCGUUCACGCUCGACGUGCUCGAGGUGACGCAGGGGUCCGGGUCCGGCUUUGUCUGGGAUAAGAGCGGCCACAUCGUCACCAAUUUCCAUGUCAUCCGUGGCGCGUCAGACCUUAGGUUGGUCGGGACUACGGAGUGCUUCAUGCUUUCCUACUACACUUUCUUAGUCGUUUGGUUAUGCUCAAAUCGAAGCUUGUCGAUUCUUGUAUUAAUGGUUAGGGUCGUUGGUGUUUCAUUAAAAUAUGGUCUAGCCUUCCAAUAAUUUUAGGUGGACAGAGCGGGGAGAAAGGAGUUGUGGUGCUUCAAUGUGUUGUUGGUAAGCUAGGGCAAAGCAGUUACUGAUCGGCCCCAGCAAACUACAAACAGGGCCCAUUAGUAAUGCUUCAUUGUCAAUUUGGCUCUCCCUACAAGACCUAGUCAGAGCAAAAUUAGUAUGUCCAAAAGGGCUUAUAUUUUAGUGCAUCAAAAGCAACAUGACACUUGUUCUACAGCUUCACUAUCUGGCUGUUAGAAGUUAUGGGAUGCAUCUGCAUUACUGAAAGGUUUAGAAAAGAUACUACUUGCUCUACAAGUUCCUUGCAUCCCAAUUUCGAGUAGUAAAUACCUAAUGCUACACUUGGAUAUUUCAAUGCAAAAUAUCUAAUUAUUCAAGUUAACAAUGCAGAAUGUUCUUAUUUAUGCUAACCAAAUCUUUUGUGUGGUAAUGCUCUGCGGUUGUGCCCGUCUCACUUUUAAUGUCUAAUGAUCUCGACUGGGAUCAGACACACAAUUGUAAAACAUCCAUAUGUGUUUCUUUCUUUUUUUCAAUGGCUUUUGUAUGUUGAUGAUGCCUAGAUAUGUAUAGUGGCAAAGCGAAGAUACAACUGAUAGUUU